AAAACAAAGGGUUUAAGGAAAGGGAUUUGUAGAAACCACUGAAUAUAAGGAGAUAACUAACAAGGUCGCCAGAUAACGUAUUUAAAGAAACGAUCAGUCUUCUUGGUCAAAUAUUCCUCAUCAAGAUGAAGACGUGUGUAGUUGUAUUAGUUCUUGGCCUUCUUGUCUGUGCUCCAACAGUUUAUCCUAAUCCACUAGCAUGUUAUAUGGAGUGUAGCACGUUCUGCGCUAAGGAUAUUCCAGGAAUGUCAAAGCCACCAGUGUCAGCUGCGUGUUCCCCUUGCGAAUGCCCUGUCCGACCACUGUAUUGCAAAUCAUGUAACAAAAUAUGCAAGAACAAGACUUUUAUGAUGAUGCCAGUGCUUCCAGGGUGUAAACCGUGUAAAUGUCCGGCAGCUGCCCCCAGAACCACUUCCGAUCCUUAUUAAAACAACUUUGUGUACAACUAAGCCUACUUCAAGAGCCCGUACCUAUGCAAUAAUGACGAGCAAGAGUCAAUCCUUCCAUAUGUGAAUGUCUUUCCACCUACUGUACAUACAAUGAUGAAUUGAUAUCAACCAGUGAAAAUUCCUGGUUAUACCGUACGACGAAAACACAACAUCGGGCAUCUUGGUGUUUUUAUGUUGAAUAUAUUUCUAUGGAUUUCUGCUAAAAAUAUUCUAAUACUUGUAUUUAAAAAAAACAACUGUUCUAUUAUUUUUUCCAAUAAACUAUUUAAUAAAUUAUG